CUUUUGGCUAUAAGAAUGGGAAAUCAAGGCUUUACGAUGGCUAAAAGCAGCUCUUCGUGCACCAUGUCGGGGCAUGUCGCUGCAUUUCGCGAGCUCGGCGGGCGGGCAGGCCGCGGCAUGGCUUAAAACAACAAGUCAUAACAUACAUAUGUCAUGUAUAAGCAUUAGGCAAGGUUUGGUCUUUGGACGGUGCGGCGUGUAUGGGCACGCCCCGAGUGAGUGGCACCCGGCAGACCGCGAACAGUUUUGGUGCUGGUGCAAGGCAGCGAUCCAGCUAACAAGGCUAGUAGUAGGUGCAGAUACGUAGUACUUGCAGCACGCUACAACAUAAGUAUAGCUGACAGCAUGAGCCUGGUGCAAUUGGGCGCUUCAAUGCAAAGUUAGUGAGCACCGUUUCAGGCUCCGUUUUGCUCUCCGGUCUGCAAGUAAAUUACCGCGAUAUAUAAAACCCGUGAGGUCCUACAAACAGCUGGAAACGACAGCGUGCCAGCACUCAAGCCGGCCCUUGGGUCCUUCCCGCCUUCUCGGACCUGCUCGGACCUCCUGCACGCGCGCCGAGUGGGCAACGGCUCAGGCGGUGCGAUUGCGACCAGCGCGAUGGCUCUGCUGUCGCUGCUCACGCGGGGGCUCAUCAUGCUGCCGCUCUGCGUCGCGGUGAUGUUCCUGGUCCAGAGGGCAAACCAGGUCGCGAGCGAGAUGGGCGCCACCAUGGCCGGCGCCGCGCACGGCGGUCGCUACUACGAUGACGAUGAGAACGAGAGCGAUGAUGGGCAGGAGGACGCCGGCGGUUGGGUGACGCUGCCGGGUCGGCAGCAGCAGGCCGGGCAGGCGGGUGACGCCAGCAGCGGCUGGCGGUGGUGGGCAUGGCAGGCCAGCGGCAGUGCAGCCGAGGGGGACCGCGGCGCAAGGGAGGUGAUGGAGGAGGCAACGGGCGGUAGCGGUGUUGUGGCGGGCGGCGAACUGCGGCCGGACGGGCUUCAAGGAAUGUGUGUGGCCUGCAUGGCAGCGCCCGCCACCGUGGGCUUCCUGCACACGCCUCCGCCGCCACCAUCUCCGUCACGCAGCGGCGGCAGCAGUGGCAGCAGCAGCGCAGGCCGCGGCGGCAGUAGCAGCAACGCUGCUGGCGCUUGCUCGCUGCUGGUGCACAACUGCUUGUGCUCGCCAUGCUGGGAGCGGCUGCGGGGGCAGGGCCGCGGGCAGCGCUGCCCCGUGUGCAACCAGCGUGCGCCCAGCCUCAACGUGGUGCGGACGUGAGGCGGCAGCAGCACUGGCCUCAGCCGUGUCAUGUGUUUCUGUGUGUGCAGCUCGCUGCAACCUACAGCGGGACCCCCGGAGGCCGGAGUGCAUCUUAUAGUACCGUGUGGGGGCGUGCGCAGAGCUGGCCCAGGGGCUGAGUCACUGAGUGGCUGACUGAUGGCUGGGUCCGGCAGGUCCUGCUCUUGGUUUGAAUGACUUAUGCUUUUAUGCCUGGGGGUGCCAAGUUCUGUGCGUGGACGUGUAGGCAAACAGAAGCUUAUCUGGCGGGCGCAAGACGGACAAGAAAGUUUCCCUGAACAGUUCACAACCGCAGUGCUGACGCCUAUUUACAAGAGAAAGGGCGAUGUGAAGACGCCCGGCAACUCCCACGGUCUGCACUGGCUCAUCUGUCUUUUCAGGCGCCCCCAUCAAUUAC